CCUAGACGUAGACUCGAUCCCAGUGAACGUCAACGGAAGGAAAAUCGAUCGCCGCCGUCGCGGGGUGAAAAUCGCGCGCUUCGACGUGCACAGCACUCGAAAUCAGACGAAAUCGCGCCGCGAACCACGGAAGCGUUCGUUCUAAACCGUUCUGUACGAAACAUAUACACAGUCUGUCUACGUACGGGCAACGUGAGUUUCCAGUGUGUUUCUGUUCUGCCUUCUGCGGCGUGCGGCGAGCAGUUCGCGGACUCUCGCGGAUCAUGACCAUUACUACGGUCAAAUUAGUUAACUGAUGAUUAUUUAAAUCGGGAUACGUGUUCUUGUAUCAAAAUCGUAUCCAAAUCGGAUAAUCAAAAUAUUAUUGUGGAUAGAAGAAAAUGCGAUUCAAUUAUUCAGUGUUUCAUUGAUAACAUAUGUUUCUAUACCUGAAGAUAGCCAACCUAAUGCUAUAAUCCAGCCUCCAAAAAUUAUCCGAUAUCGAAUGAGAUGCUGGUUAUGUUCAGAUGAGUGACUCUAGUGACUUGGAUAGACAAAUUGAGCAAUUGAAACGAUGUGAAAUAAUCAAGGAAGGUGAAGUUAAAGCCCUUUGUGCAAAAGCUAGGGAAAUAUUAGUAGAAGAAAGCAAUGUUCAACGAGUAGACUCGCCAGUUACUGUUAGUAUAUUUCCAGAUUAAUCUUUUCUAAAACAGGAUUUAGUUAUGCUUGAGAACAAAAUUUCUGUUUAGUGUUUCAGGUUUGUGGUGAUAUCCAUGGCCAAUUCUACGACUUAAAGGAGUUAUUCAAAGUUGGUGGAGAUGUCCCAGAGACAAAUUACCUGUUUAUGGGUGACUUUGUGGAUCGAGGUUUUUACAGUGUGGAAACAUUCUUGCUAUUACUAGCUCUUAAAGUCAGAUAUCCAGACAGGAUCACAUUGAUCAGAGGAAACCAUGAAUCCCGACAGAUCACCCAGGUAUAUGGAUUCUAUGAUGAAUGUUUGAGGAAAUAUGGUUCGAUAACAGUUUGGAGAUAUUGUACGGAAAUAUUUGACUACCUAUCGCUAUCAGCUAUAAUUGAUGGGAAAAUAUUCUGUGUUCAUGGUGGACUGUCUCCAUCGAUACAGACCCUGGACCAAAUUAGAGUUAUAGAUAGGAAACAGGAGGUGCCUCACGAUGGACCAAUGUGUGACUUGCUCUGGAGUGAUCCUGAAGACACCCAAGGAUGGGGCGUGUCCCCGCGUGGGGCCGGUUACCUUUUCGGAUCCGACGUUGUGGCGCAAUUCAACGCGGCCAAUGACAUCGACAUGAUCUGCAGAGCGCACCAGCUGGUUAUGGAAGGAUACAAGUGGCAUUUCAACGAGACUGUACUCACCGUUUGGUCUGCGCCGAAUUAUUGUUACAGGUGCGGCAAUGUCGCGGCCAUCUUAGAAUUGAACGAACACCUUCAAAGGGAUUUCACCAUAUUCGAAGCGGCCCCGCAAGAAACCAGAGGCAUCCCAUCGAAAAAACCGCAGGCCGAUUAUUUCUUGUAGGAUAUAUUCUAGCGUUUUUAAUAUUUCCUCUUUAUUUGUAAGCAAUCAUUCUGGUUCCGUUGCCAAUUCACACAAUUAAGCGUCAGCGUGGCGGUUAAGUACCAUUUAUAUGAAUGUAUUAAGAAUUAGCAAGUUUUAAUUAUACAUUUUCUAUUUAA